AAAUGAAUUAAAAUAAAAUGAAGUUAGCUACUAAUUUUUAUUUUUAUUUUUAUUUUUGGAAUCAUCAUCUUUCUCCCAUGAUAUGUGACCCCAAAUAAUACAAAUCAAAAUUCAAAAACCAACGGUUAUAUUUCCGAGAAAUCUGUGAAAAUCUUGGAGUAUGGUGUAUGCUAAUUUUUCUUAGAAAUCACGAAAGUGUAUGUUUAACCGAGAUGCCAACAAGUGUAUAAGAUGGGUGUAAAGAAUCUCUGGGAUAUCUUGGAAUCUUGCAAGAAAACACUUCCUCUUCAUCAUCUACAGAACAAGAGGGUAUGCAUAGAUCUUUCUUGCUGGAUUGUUCAACUUCACAAUGUCAACAAAUCUCACUGUGCCAUGAAGGAGAAGCUCUAUCUCAGAGGCCUCUUUCACCGCCUCAGAGCUCUCAUUGCCUUGAAUUGUAGUCUCAUUUUUGUCACUGAUGGAGCCAUUCCUGCUAUCAAAGCAUCUACUUAUCGAAGGCGUUUAAAUCCUGGAAAUGUGCUCACUCAAGAUGAGGCGAUUAAACUGUCAUCAAUACGAAGAAACACAGGAUCUGAAUUUUCUCGCAUGAUAAAAGAGGCUAAAGUCCUUGGAAAUGCACUUGGAAUUCCGUGCUUAGAUGGGAUUGAGGAGGGUGAAGCUCAGUGCGCAUUGUUAAACUCUGAAUCAUUCUGUGAUGGAUGUUUCACAGCAGAUUCUGAUGCCUUCCUAUUUGGAGCAAGGACAGUGUAUAGGGAUAUUUGCCUUGGGGAUGGCGGGUAUCUAGUUUGCUAUGAAAUGGAUGAUAUUGAGAGAAAGCUCGGACUCGGAAGGAACUCCUUGAUAACACUGGCUGUUAUUCUUGGUGGUGAUUACUCUGAAGGAGUUUAUGGCAUUGGUCGGGAGUCAGCUUGUCAGAUUGUUAAAUCGAUUGGUGAUAAAGCUGUUCUUCAAUGGAUUGCAUCAGAAGGAUUUUCCUUUGCAAAGAAGAAAAAAGGUUCUAAGAGACAGAAUGAAGAUGAUAAAUACAAUGGUAAAGAAAAUGCUGCACAGUAUAAAAAUCCUGAUGGAAGCAAAUGCCCUUCGCAAAUGAAAAGUCAGGUGUUGCAAGUAUUAGAUGCUUAUCUGAGACCAAAGUGCCAUUUAGCAAAUUCUGACGCUGUACAAAGGAUUCUUGCAUUGUAUCCAUAUAGCCGCAGCCAGCUUCAGCAAAUAUGCACUGAAAUGUUUGAUUGGCCUCCUGAGAAGACAGAUGAGUAUAUCCUUCCUAAGAUUGCUGAAAGGGAACUGCGGAGAUUCGCCAACUUGCGGUCCACUGCAUUACGUGUGGGAGUCCAGGUUCCACUAAUUGAGAUGCCAAUAAAGUGUCCUUUAUCUCGAAUUAUCAAGCCGAGAAAAAAUCAAGGAGUGGAUUGCUUCGAGGUGUCUUGGGAAGAGAUGGAUGGACUUGAAACCUCUAUAGUACCAGCUGAUCUCGUUGAGAGGGCUUGUCCAGAAAGGAUUUUGGAGUAUCAAGAAAGAAGAGCUCAACGAAAGAAAAGAAAUAAUGCUAGAUCAAGACCAAGGAGACUAGAAAAAGCACAGCUCUUGGGUCAAGUGGAUAAGGAACUCCAAGACCUCUUGCUUGAGGUUUAUAGAGAUGACUUUACCACUGAUGAUACCGCUUUUUUGUGUGGAUCAGUAUCAGAGGAUGAUGAAGGCAUUGCUCAAAUUCAGGGUACUAUACAGUCCAAUGAUACAUGGAAUAGCAACUAUGUAAAGAAGGAUGCUUUUACUUCUGGGAGCGCCAGUAACCAAGAGAGCAACAUUUUACCAGCUUCAUUUGAAGAUGAAGUAAUUGAUACAGGCAAUAGCGUGUGUAGGGAGAAGGUUGAUUUUACUUAUGAGAGCUGCAGUUGCCAAGAGAGCAACAUUUUACCAGCUUCAUCUGAAGAUGAAGUAAUUGAUCUAACGAGGAGUCCACCACCGCAGCAUGCUUCUGGGAAGUCCAAACACCUAGAGGAUAACGUUCAACGAAUUGAUCUGAUUGAGCUUAGUGAUUCAGAAAAUGAUACGUUCUCCCCUGAACAUUCAAGGAGAGCCAGAGAACUGAGAAUGUUCAUUGCGGGAAUUAAGGACAACAGCUACUGAGUGUGAACAUCAAUGUUUUCCCAGUGUAACGAGCAUAUAUGUAUAUUUAUUUGUAUGUUUAUCAUAAGUUGCCCAUCUCUGGCAAUUGCUCGCGUGAUGUCAACUUGUGAUGAAAUGUCUUUUCUUGAUUUGUAUGCUAGCCAGCUUUCAAAUGCUAACACAUUUUUUCAAAAAUAAUUAAAGAAGAAAACUAAACUCCUUUUUCUAUCUUUUUGGUUACUUGUUUUUCAGGCCUUUUAGCGACCCAGAGAACAGAUACCUGAGAGUUUUCUGGAUGGAGUAAGAAUUUCACUGCAGAUUAUGGUUCCAACAGCAUAGCUCCUCUUAAUAGACGGCCAAGAUUAAAAUUUGAAACCAUCCAAAUGUGGUCUACCAUGUUGAAUGUCCCACACCUGUUUAUUUAUUGGAUAAAACUAAAAGGCAACCAUAAAUUUCUUUGCUAUCGUAUGCGGAGCAAGAUGAAGUAGUCAGCUUGAGCGUGUACUACAAUAAAGCAAUGAUGGAAGCCAACAGGGGGAUAUAAUUAUAUAAAAGUGAAUGCAACAAUACAGUAGUGAAGAAGCUGCAGGGUCUGGAGCAAGACGUGGUCAUAAUACCCUUCGCCUUGUGGAAGCAAAUGAAGCAGUAGCUCUGCAGGAAGCAUAGCCUUCCAUUGCGCUGAAUGAUGCAUUUCAAGGAUUUGCCAAAGUAGUUCUUGAACUAGAUUAUGCGCCUGUUGGUUGUUUAACAUGUUGUAAGGGAUUCAUAUCACCUCCCUGAUGAUUGCAGAAUUUUAACAGCAGACACUUGAUAGUAGGAAAGGAAAUGAAACUGACGUUGCCUGUUUUGGCCACUCAAUUUGCAUAUCAGGUGCUUUGGCAAAAUGUACAAACUACAUCAACAGAUUCAACCAUGCUUCAUUUUUUCGAGAUGGAAUACCUGCCAAGAUCAGUUAGAUAGCCCUUCAAGCUGAAGAGAUGCAGAUGCCUCACUACUAAUUAGGCAAGCAUCAGAUUUUGUUAUGGAAAUUUCAAUUACUGAUUUAAUUCAAUUAUUUUUCUUUGUAAAACUGGCACCUUGUACCGGAGGGAGACCUAUUAUCUCCUUAAUUUACCUUAAGCAUAACAUAUGGAUAAGGGUGAGCGUGUUCAGCUUGUAAAAUA